UUCAAGCGAGAAAAUAGGAAGCUGCAAAGGGCCUGAGACGACGGUGCUGCCAGCGCCGUUGAGGUGCGUUAGUGGGGCGUGGGGUGGGGUGUUGACCCCGCCAUGAAUCCUCAACGAGCUUUCAUUCUCUCAGCUGCCAAAUCGAUUGCUCAGCAGCGUCAACCAGGAAGAAAGUUGCAAUUCAUCAUCAAUAGGCUACCUUCGAGCACAAUUUUCUUCCGCUUGCGCCCAUCAUCCGCAUAAGAAUACCACGUAACAUCGCGUCCCGGCCCGAUCCCCACGUUCCGUUCAACGGCGAGACUGUCAAACAACCAAAGAUGGAAAGAGAUCUCGAAAACGCCAACCCCACCAUCCUGAACGUGUCGCAGCUGCCCAGCAGACAGCGUAAGGGCCCUGCGACUAGGCACGGCCCGGAUUCAAAGUGCGAUAGCAUCGUCUUCCCCCAACAUCAUUGGCCAUUUGGCUCAAGUUCGUCAUCGGACGAGGGAGAUGAUGACGGUGAAGACCCGGUGGACGCGCAAGAUAUCUACGACCUCAUAUCCACCAUCUCGGACCCUGAGCACCCGCAUACGCUCGGCCAGCUGUCCGUUGUGAGGCUCCCGGACAUCCACCUGGACCCCUCACCCGCCGUGCUGCCAGACCCAGAUUCUCUCAUCACGGUCCUGGUUGAGCUCACACCCACCAUCAAUCACUGCUCCCUCGCAACCGUUAUCGGCUUAGCGGUGCGGUGUCGGCUAGAGCAAACCCUGCCACCCAACUACCGAGUGGACGUCAGGAUGAAGGUCGGGUCGCAUGCCCAAGACGACCAAGUCAACAAGCAGUUGGGUGACAAGGAAAGAGUUGCAGCCGCAUUGGAAAACGACACGCUACAACGCAUGGUGGAUAAAAUGCUCGAAACAUGUGCAUGAGUGGAUUGCCAGGAGCCAGGUAGACCGCUACAGAGAUUCGCCUGGUCGCAUUGAGGGCUUGGGUGGCACCUCGAGGAAUCAAUCCCUUUGCGUGGCGUCCAUGUGCUAGUGUGACCACCAGCAGAAUCGUCGAAUCCUCUAA